AUGAAUUAUAAAAGACAUGCAGGACAUGAUGAUUCUGGUUCUUCAACAAUGGAUAUGGGAUCAAUGAUAAUGACUUCAACAAUGGAUAUGAUUAUGGCAACUACUACUGCUACUUCAAAUAAUACUAGUGAUAUGAGUGGGAUGGAUCAUGGUAGUAUGAAAAUGGGAAUGCAUAUGUGGUUUACAACAGAAUAUAAAGAUUAUCCAGUUAUAUUUAAAAAUCUUUCAGCAAAUAAUGGUGGUGGAGCAUUUGGUAUAUUUGUUUUAUUAUUUUUUGCUGCAUUUUUUGCAAGAUUUCUAGAAUUUAUUCGUAAUUAUUUAGAAGAAGUUGUUUGGAAUAAUUCAAAAUAUGAAGAAUUUGAAAAUGGAGUUGUUGGACAUUCUCCUACUUUACCUUUGAGUGGUCAAAAUAAAAAUACUAUAACUGAUGAAAGUAUAGAUAAAAAUUUAACUCAUGAUGAAAAUGAUUCUGAAAUAAAUUCUCAUGAAUCAACCACCACUAACCAGAAUAGAUGUUCUAAAAAAUCAAAUAUAUCAACUGCAAGUACUAUAAUGAGAGAUGUUAUAAGAUUAAUACUUUGCAUUAUACCUGAUUUAUUUGCUUAUACUUUGAUGUUGGCUGCUAUGACUUAUACCUUGGUUUAUUUCUUUGCUGUUGUUAUUGGAUCUGGUGUUGGAAGAUUUGUUAGUGAAAGAUUAAUGGAAAGAUUUAGAAUUAAAAGAAAACCACAAAUGUUUACUUGUUGCUAA